GGUGUCUUCCGCGCAUGCGCACUGACGUCCCUUCUGUCAAAAAUGGCUGUGCUUUGGAAGCAGGAAAAAUGCUGAAUUGUGUUGGCACAGCUCGGGAAAAGCGGCAGACAUGGCUAGAUUGGCCGACUACUUUGUUGUUGUGGGAUACGAUCAGGAAAAAGCCGGUUCAGGAGAAGGAUGCGGGAAGAUUAUUCAGCGAUUCCCCAAGAAGGACUGGGAGGGGACCGCCUUCCCUCAGGGAGUGGAGAUGUUCUGCCAGCCAGGGGGUUGGAAGUUGUCUUGGGAGAGGAAAGCACCCACGUUCUUCACUGUCGUGCUGACAGAUAUCGAGUCAGAUAGACACUACUGCUCCUGCCUCACUUUUUAUGAGGCUGAGGUUAAUCUACAGGGAUCUAAAAGUAUUGAGGUUGAUGAGGAUGAAGAGGUGGAAGAGGAUUGUUUGAUCCAGCCAGCUCAGGUGUUUGCACCAAAAAGUCUCAUUCUGGUGUCCAGAUUGGACCAUCCAGAAAUAUUCAGGGGUUGUUUGGGACUGAUCUACACUGUGUACAUUGAUAGCCUUACUGUUCCUUUAGAGAGUCUGGUGGCCAAUCUGUUUAUAUUCCAGGUCCCUGUGGCUGGCGGAUCCCAGAAGCUGUUUAGCUUGGGAGCAGGCGACCGACAGCUAAUCCAGACACCUUUGAAUGACACAUUACCUGUGACAUGCAAGAGUGUUGCUCUGCUCUUCCAGCAAUUAGGUAUUCAAAAUGUUUUAAACCUUUUUUGUGCGAUUCUGACCGAGCACAAAGUUUUGUUCCACUCCACCAGUUACCAGAGGCUUGGGGAGGCGUGUCGCGCUUUGGAAGCUCUCAUGUUUCCCCUCAAAUACAGUUAUCCCUACAUCCCUAUCCUGCCGUCACGUCUACUUGAGGUGCUGAGCUCCCCGACGCCCUUUAUCAUCGGUGUUCACUCCAUGUUUCAGAGCGAAAUCCAGGAUUUGUUGGAUGUCAUCAUCGCGGACCUGGAUGGAGGAACAAUAAAAAUCCCAGAGUGCAUCCACUUGUCUCUUCUCCCUGAACCUCUGCUCAGCCAAACACAAGCCGCCUUGUCACUAGUAUUGCAUCCUGAUCUGGAGAUUGCAGACAAUGCCUUCCCUCUACCACGCAGUACACCCUCCAACCUCAAAUUGUUGGACAAGGAGGUGAGGGCCGUGUUCCUCAGGCUGUUUGCACAACUCUUCCAGGGCUACAGGUCAUGCUUGCAGCUCAUUCGCAUCCAUUCCGAACCCGUUAUUCACUUUCACAAGACUGCCUUUCUCGGCCAGAGGGGCCUGAUUGAGAACGAUUUCCUCACCAAGGUCUUGGAUGGCAUGGCCUUCGCUGGCUUUGUCUCAGAGCGUGGUCCGCCUUACCGAGCUUGUGAUCUCUUUGAUGAGCUUGUGGCCUUAGACAUUGAACAUUUUAGGGAAGAGGAACUCAAUCCUGCAAAGUUCCAGAGGCGCAUCAGAGAACUCUCAGAGCAACUUUACAGAAAUGAAAUUCCGAAUCCUCACAUGGCAUUCCAAAAAGUUCCUAGACCGUCGGAGGGAUCCCACCUCCGGGUGCACCAGGUACCUUUUCCCCUGUUGUGUGAAGAUCAAGUGGAAAAGCUGCUACAGGAGGGUGUGGCCAAACAUGCCAAUGCACUCCCAUCGACACGGCUUGAGAAGAAGUGUGUUGUACCUGCUGGUCCUCCUGUUGUUUCCAUUAUGGGAAAGACCGGCUCGGUUUUUAACAGUGCUCGCAGGCUCGAGGUAGUGAGGAGCUGCAUAUCUUUCAUCUUUGAAAACAAGACCCUCGAGACCGAAAAGACUCUUCCUGCUGCUCUGCGGGCCCUCAAAGGCAAAGCAGCUCGCCAGUGUCUGACUGAGGAGCUAAGUCUUCAUGUCCAGCAAAAUCGGGCCAUACUUGACCACCAACAGUUUGACUACAUCAUUCGGAUGAUGAAUUGUGCCUUGCAGGACUGUUCCAGCUCAGAGGAGUACACCGUGGCUGCCGCGCUGCUGCCACUGUCAACAGCUUUUUACAGAAAACUGAUUGCCGGGGUGAACCAGUUUGCCUACACCUGUAUACAAGACCACCCCAUUUGGACCAACCAGCAGUUUUGGGAGGCCACUUUCUACAGCGAGGUCCAGAGUCAGAUCCGAGCCUUGUAUCUCAACACCCCGCCGGAGAAGUGGGGCAUCGCUGCCACGCUGACGAGUGUGACCACAGCGCCCGCAAAAGACGAGGAGCAGACAGCUAUGGACCUUGCAGCCGAACAGCUGCGCUUGUGGCCCAACCUGAGCAAAGAAAAGCAGCAGGAAUUGGUGAAAAACGAAGAGAGUACUGUUUUCAGCCAGGCCAUCCAUUAUGCAAGCCUCAUGGUCUACCUGCUGGUUCCUUUGGACACUAGCAAGAACAAACUGCUUCGCAAUGCACCGGCAGCUGACUGGGAAAGCGGCAGCAACAGCAUCGUCACCAACAGCAUCGCCGGCAGUGUCGCAGAGAGCUUUGACACUGAAAGCGGUUUCGAGGACUCUGAGAACAGCGACGUAGCCAACUCGGUAGUCAGAUUCGUGGCUCGAUUCAUCGAUAAGGUCUGCACUGAAAGCGGAGUAACGCAAGAACACAUCAAGAACCUCCACAGCAUGAUCCCAGGCGUCGUCGCUAUGCAGAUGGAGGCUCUAGAGGCAGUUCACAGGGAGAGCAGGAGGUUACCGCCCAUUCAGAAGCCAAAAAUUCUACGUCCAGCGCUACUUCCUGGGGAGGAGUUCGUGUCUGAGGGGGUGAGGGUACUUCUCGAUCCCGACGGCAGGGAAGAGGCUACUGGGGGCCUGCUGGGAGGCCCGCACAUCCUACCAGCAGAGGGUGCCCUCUUCCUCACCACGUACCGCAUCAUCUUUAAAGGCAUCCCCCAUGACCCAUUGGUGGGGGAGCAGGCAGUGAUCAGAGCUUUCCCAGUGUCCACAUUGACGAAGGAGAAGAAAAUCAGCAUUCAGAACCAACUGCAGCAAAACAUGCAGGAGGGUCUCCAGCUCCGCUCUGCAUCAUUUCAGUUGAUAAAGGUGGCUUUUGAUGAAGAGGUGAGCUCGGAGAUGGUGGAGAUGUUCAGGAAACACGUACAAAGGCUCCGAUACCCACAAUCAAUCUUCAGCUCCUUUGCAUUUGCCGCAGGGCAAACUCAACCUCAGCUUAAUCUUCCAAAGCAAAAAGAAAGGAACACUGGCUUUAGAACACUAUCCAAAACUAUUGUCAAGGGAGCCAAGAGAGCCAGCAAGAUCACAAUGGGCCGUGGUAGCCAGACCACAUUGAAGAGGAAUGACAGAGGCAGCAGAAUGACCUGGCACGAGGAUGAUGACAUUUCCAUUUCGGAUGACGGCGAGCCUCCGCCUAGCAGUACGCUGAGAACAUCAGAGAAGUCCACCAUGGAGCAGCUAGUGGAGCAGUCCUGUUUCCGUGACUACCAGCGAAUGGGCUUGGGGACCAUCACUGCCAGUUCAUCUCGCUCAAAGUCGGGCGACCAGUUCAGAAUCACGGCUGUUAAUAGACUUUAUUCCCUUUGUCGCAGUUAUCCGGGACUUUUGGUGGUUCCUCAGGCCAUACAAGAUAACAGUUUACACAAAGUGGCACGUUGCUACCGACACAAUCGUCUGCCUGUCGUGUGUUGGAAGCACCCCCGUACCAAAGCCGUGCUGUUGCGCUCGGGCGGCUUUCAUGGCAAAAGUGUUGUUGGAUUGUUUAAAUCACAGAAUCCCACUUCACCAGCACCUGCAUCGUCCUCUGAGUCAUCUAGUAGCCUCGAACAAGAGAAGUACCUACAAGCAAUCUUGGACUCGAUACCCAUUUACCACAAGAUGAACGGCCAUAGCACCCUCUCUAACCGCUCCAUCGUAGGCCUUUCACCAGGGAGCGAAAGGAGAUUAUCCAGAAUGCCGAAAAUGGCUCCCGUUCAUUUAGACAUCCCAUUUUCAAACAGCUUUACCAGAGGAGUGCUUGAGUACAGAGAUAAACUAUUUACUCACUCAAACCCAAAAGCUACCAAUAAGGAAAGAAUCCACAACCAAGGCGUGUGGGCUAGCCUGCGCUCCAGCAGCAGCAGACUCAGCCAGCAUACUUCUACAGUGGAUGUGGGAGCUAGACUAGCAGGGAAGGAUUUGGCGCCCCCUGCAGGGAGUACCAGUCUACAGGCUCAGCUUCUCAAACAGCAAGCUGCCUUCUACGUCUUUGGUGAAAAGUCACAUUUGAAGGGCCUUAGAGUGGACACCUCUCUGAACUGCGAACUGGUGCCGGUGGACUUUGCGGACAUGCGGCAGGUGAAAAGCUCCUUUAAGAAGCUUCUGAGGGCAUGCGCACCCAGCGCCAAUUCCACCGACUCUGAGGACUCCUUCCUCAAAGCCUUGGAGGACUCAGAAUGGAUUUUGCAGCUUCACAAGAUCUUGCAGCUGGCUCUCAACCUGGUGGAGCUCCUGGAAAGCGGAUCAUCUGUGCUGCUCAGUCUGGAGGACGGCUGGGACAUCACCACACAGGUGGUGUCUUUAGUGCAACUGCUGAGCGACCCUUUCUACCGAACCCUGGAAGGAUUUCAGGUGCUGCUGGAAAAAGAAUGGCUCUCCUUCGGCCACAAGUUUAGCCAGCGCAGCAACCUGAGUCCCAGCAGUCAGGGCAGCGGCUUUACACCUAUCUUCCUGCAGUUCCUGGACUGUGUGCACCAGAUUCUGAUGCAGCAUCCCGUAGAGUUUGAGUUCAACCAGUACUAUCUCAAGUUCCUGGCCUAUCAUCAUAUCUCCAAUCGCUUCAAGAACUUUCUGUUGGACUCUGACUAUGAACGCCUGGAACAUGGCUUGUUAUUUGAAGAUAAGGGUGACAAGCAGGCCAGGAAAGGAAUCUGCAUCUGGGAGUGCAUCAACAGGAUGCAUCGGCGAAGUCCAAUCUUCUUCAACUAUCUGUAUGACGCAUCAGAGAGCGAAACCAUACUGAAACCAUCGAUUGCCAUCCCCAACCUCAAAAAGUGGGAUUUUUUCACGGACGAGACGCUGUCGACGGGGCCGUGUUACGACUGGCGACUGACGGCGGCGAGGUCGGACGCUUCUGAGGAGCCGCAGACCGUUUCCAGCAGCAAGCGGAGGAUCGUGUGGCCAUGCUACAGCAGCGUUAGCCGCGCUCAGCCCGACGCCAUCACCAAGCUGCUCGCCGACAUUGAGAAGCUGGAGAAUGAAGUGAACCAGACCCCCGAUAGGUGGCAAACCACUUUGGACAGAGUCCUCAUUUGUAUCCAGGAAGACUUCAAGCACGAAGGAAGUCUCUGCAAACAGUCCUUGUCCAUUUCCGGCCUGAUUCCCACAUCCAGCCUUCAAGCUCUCCAGCGGCGCUCCAUGCUGCACCUGCCAGAGAGCGGCUUGGCGGGCGACCGCAGCACGGCUACGUCCAACGGAAUCAAUCGCCGCGCCGCCACGCUUUACAACCAGUUUACCCCCAAGAGCGAGGAGAACAGGUCGUUUGAGGGGGUCCUAUACAAACGAGGAGCGCUGCUGAAAGGUUGGAAGCCUCGCUGGUUCGUGUUAGACGUCACCAAGCACCAGAUGAGGUACUACGACAGUGGCGAGGACACCAACUGUCGGGGUCACAUCGAGCUGGCCGAAGUGGAGUCGGUGCUCAUUGCCACUCCGACCACCGGAGCACCCAAGCACAUCAGCGAAAAGGCCUUUUUUGACCUGAAGACAAGCAAGCGCGUGUACAAUUUCUGCGCAGCGGACGCAGCUAGCGCUCAGCUGUGGAUGGACAAGAUCCAGAACUGCAUCUCUGACGCAUAAACCUUCAAAUGGUCAAGCCAGGUCGCAGAUAGCUAGUCAACUCCCCUUUCGGACACUUUUACGGCGGGCGCGACCGUUUGCGAGCAAUUCGACGCCGUUUUGUAAUGGAGAAGAAGUUCUAUUUUCCUACAAGGAGAUGUUUUUACUGCUGCUUCAUGUUUGAUGCACAAUAUGCAAUCUGUUGCACUUAGAACCCAUAUGCACUCCCUUUUUUUCAGAUCUCCCAUUCACACUACAACAAAUCUUGGUUACAUAUUCAUUUUAAGAAGAGGGAAAAAAAACAA